AUGAUGCAAGCCAAGAAGAUCAAGUACGACGUCAUCGGACUGACCGAGACCAGACGACGUCACUCUUUCAACGCCGUAUAUGAGACCGCAGAAGAACUGUUCUUAGGAACAUACGAUAGUAGAGGUGUUGGAGAAGUUGGCGUCCUCGUCAACAUGAGUAUAGCAAAGAACAUCGACUCUUUCGAACAACUUACGACCCGAACCGGACGUCUUCGGAUGAGUAGGCGUGGUCCAACACCAGGCUUGACUAUCUUCGUCGCUUACGCUCCAACAUCAAGAGAGGGAAGUCCCAGAACUAUCACUAACUGGGAUCUUUUCGCCAUGCUAGACAGCUUUUUGGAAGAUUCCGCAAUGGACAACAUCGACGAGGAAUAUGACCGGCUCGUUGAACACCUUCACGACUGCACGAAGAAGGCUGAGAGUUUCAAAGCCACCAAGAGACUUCUGUCUCUUGAAAUUUUUGAGCUGAUACGCCAGCGUGGAGCGGCACGAGCCGCAGGAGAACGAAGAACUCACGUCCGAGCUCGCAAGGCAUUGCAGAGAGGCGAUGAAGGAAGAUCUUAA